UACGUCCUAACUGCUCGGUUAUGGUGGCGGUAAUGUUGUGGAACCGCAGACCGUGUGUGGGGAACUGAAAUAAACCACAAUAAAGUAACUACCUGGCGGAGGACUGGCUUCUUGCAGGAGAACUAAAGUGAAAAAAAAACGUAUGAAAUCUAACAACGAGCCAAAAACAUGGUGGUUCUCAAAAUCCGAGACCAGCCUUCGUUGUUGAAAGCCAUCUUUAAUGUGGAUCCAGAUGAAGUUCGCGCUCUCAUAUUCAAAAAGGAAGAUGUCAACGUCCAGGAUAAUGAGAAGAGGACUCCCCUCCACGCUGCAGCCUACUUGGGUGACGCUGAGAUCAUCGAGCUUCUCAUUCUGUCAGGAGCAAGAGUAAAUGCCAAAGAUAAUAAGUGGCUGACUCCUCUUCAUCGUGCUGUUGCCUCCUGCAGUGAGGAGGCAGUUCAGGUGCUGCUGAAACACUCGGCUGAUGUGAAUGCUCGGGAUAAGAACUGGCAGACUCCACUGCACGUGGCGGCAUCUAACAAAGCAGUGCGCUGUGCCGAGGCUCUUGUUCCCCUGCUCAGCAACGUGAACGUGUCAGACCGCGCAGGACGCACCCCUCUGCAUCACGCUGCCUUCAGCGGACAUCUCGAGAUGGUGAAGCUUCUGCUGUCCAGAGGAGCCAAUAUCAAUGCGUUUGAUAAGAAGGACAGGAGAGCUAUCCACUGGGCUGCAUAUAUGGGUCAUAUGGAGGUGGUGCGCUUGUUGGUGUCUCACGGUGCCGAGGUGGUGUGUAAGGAUAAGAAGGGCUAUACGCCGCUCCACGCUGCAGCUUCUAGUGGAAUGAUCGGCGUGGUGAAAUACCUACUGGAUCUGGGCAUCGAGAUCAACGAACCGAACGCGUACGGAAACACUCCUCUGCAUGUGGCGUGCUACAACGGUCAGGACGUGGUAGUGAACGAGUUAAUCGAAUCCGGUGCUAACGUCAACCAGGUGAACGAGAAGGGCUUCGCACCGCUGCACUUUACCGCUGCCUCUCGGCAGGGAGCGCUUUGCCUGGAACUGCUAGUGGGAAACGGAGCAGAUGUCAACAUCAAGAGUAAAGAUGGGAAGACGCCCCUCCACAUGGCCGCCAUUCACGGCAGGUUCUCCAGAUCUCAGGCUGUCAUUCAGAAUGGAGCUGAGAUUGACUCUGAGGAUAAGAAUGGAAACUCCCCUCUGCACAUAGCAGCUCGAUACGGCCACGAGCUCCUCAUCAACACCCUCAUGAGCAACGGUGCCGACGUAGCCAAGCGGGGAGUCCAUGGCAUGUUUCCUCUUCACCUUGCUGCACUAAGUGGCUUCUCUGACUGUUGUCGGAAACUUCUCUCCUCUGGUUUUGACAUCGAUGCCCCGGAUGACUUUGGCAGAACGUGUUUACAUGCGGCUGCAGCAGGAGGAAACCUCGACUGUUUAAAUCUUCUGCUCAACGCUGGAGCUGACUUCAACCGGAAGGACAGAUUCGGAAGAACACCACUGCACUACGCAGCAGCUAACUGUAAUUAUCAGUGCCUGUUUGCACUAGUGGGCUCAGGGGCCAGUGUGAACGACACAGACAUGAGAGGCUGCAGCCCUCUGCACUACACUGCUGCCUCAGACAGCGACGCCAAGUGUUUGGAGUAUUUAUUGCGUAAUGAUGCCAAUCCAGGGAUCAGAGAUAAACAGGGCUAUAAUGCAGUGCACUAUGCCUCAGCCUACGGUCACCGCCUCUGCCUCGAACUGAUUGCCAGUGAAACUCCUUUGGAUGUGCUUAUGGAGACAUCUGGGACCGAUAUCCUGAAUGACACCGACGUCCAGGCUCCUAUCAGUCCUUUGCACUUAGCAGGGUACCACGGUCACCAUCAUGCUCUGGAGGUGCUGGUUCAGUCACUAUUGGACCUGGACGUGCGGACCGUGCAUGGACACACGCCGCUAGACCUGGCUGCGUUUAAAGGCCACGUGGAGUGUGUUGAUGUGCUCAUCAACCAGGGAGCCUCCAUCCUGCUUAAGGAUUACACACACAAAAGAACCCCCAUCCAUGCUGCAGCCAUGAACGGUCACGCAGAAUGUCUCCGUCUCCUCAUCAGCAACGCCGGCCAGCCCUCGGCGGUCGACGUCCACGACGGGAACGGACAAACUCCACUGAUGCUGGCGGUGCUGAACGGACACACAGAUUGUGUCUACCUUCUGAUCAGCAAAGGAGCCAAUGUGGGAGCCAGAGACAAGUGGGGCAGGACGGCUCUUCACCGCGGGGCGGUGACGGGGCAUGAGGCAUGUGUGGAGGCACUGUUGCAACACGGGGCCAGUGUGUGUGUGCGAGACAGUAGAGGGCGCUCUGCCAUGCACCUUGCGGCAGCAUGUGGUCACAUUGCGGUGCUGGGGUCUCUGCUGCAGGCUGCACACUCCCAAAACAUCAUGCCGGUCAUCAUGGACCGCUGUGGAUACACCCCACUCCACUGGGCCUGCUACAACGGACACGAUACGUGUGUGGAGGCUCUGUUAGAACAAGAGGCGUUCCAUAGGAUGGAGGGCAACUCUUUCAGUCCGCUUCAUUGUGCCGUAAUCAGUGAUAAUGAAGGUUCAGCUGAGCUGCUGAUUGACACACUCGGUCCUGCCAUUGUUAACGCUACAGACUCCAAAUCCAGGACGCCUCUACAUGCUGCAGCCUACACCGACCAUGUGGAAUGUCUCCAGCUGCUGCUCGGUCACAACGCUCAGGUGAACGCCAUCGACGCCCUGGGCAAAACACCCCUGAUGAUGGCGGCUGAGAACGGGCAGACUAACGCCGUGGAGGUGCUGGUGAGUAAAGCGAAGGCAGACCUCACUCUUCAAGACGCGAACAAGAACACAGCCCUACACUUAGCCUGCAGCAAGGGGCAUGAAACCAGUGCCUUGUUAAUAUUGGAGAAGGUCACAGACAGGAACCUUAUCAACGCCACAAACUCGGCUCUACAGACGCCGCUGCAUGUUGCUGCCCGUAACGGACUUGCAGUUGUGGUGCAGGAGCUGUUGGGCAAAGGAGCGAGUGUCCUGGCUGUGGAUGAAAACGGUUACACUCCAGCUUUAGCCUGUGCUCCGAACAAAGACGUGGCCGACUGCCUGGCGUUGAUCCUGGCCACCAUGAUGCCCGUGUCCCCUGCCAGCACCGGCACUGUCACGAGUCUCGCCUUCAGCGCCAUAAACCACUACUGUAGCCCUUCCAAAACUGUAACCUUUGACCCUUUACCUGGCUUGCGCUCUGGGCAUCCGUCUUACUGCAGCUUCAACAGCCUGGGACGUGAAGAUGGCCUCGUCAUUCACGAUGAAGAAUUUAACGACUCCGAUUCAGAGACUUACUGAGGACUUGGGCUCAUCUCUUUGCUGAAGAUGGUUCGGUACCCGAGUGCCUGGAGAACGCUGAAGACCUGAACGCUGUUGCUGAAUCACAUUAAAGGGGCUUUAGUGCUGUUUCCUUGCUUUGGAAUGAGAAAUGUGACGCUACAAUCUGAAUUUAAGACAUACAGAUGUAAGAUAUACAGACUUGGUAUAGAAGCAAAUGAAAUAUUAUUCUUUGCUUUGAAUUUGUUUUCAGUUCCAAUUUUAUAAUAAGAAGGUGCAGAAAAUUUGGCCGCACAAUCAAUUUCAAAUUUGCUCACUUUUCUAAACACUACUGUACGGCGUUUAUUAGACAUUUUUCUGAAUUUCUCUGAAAAUUGAAUUGUAAACUCUUGAAUUUUGAAUUUCGUGAGCUGCAGAAGAGCAAACCGAAACUGAAUGUCAUGUUUAAAGAUCAUUCUGAAGAAGCGUGUAUAUAAUAAAUUUCAUUUGUUCAGUA